GUUAUUUGUAAAAUGAAUCGAAAGACACUUCAACCGACUGGAUCUAAAUCAGUAUCAACUCAUCAAAGCUUACUUCAAUCAUUAGACCAACUCAAACUACCCAUCUCACCCAACAAAACUGAACCUAUCCAAAACCAAUUCCAAAGUUUUUUGAAAUCUUAUCAAACCUUAAGUCAUUCAAUCUUUCAUCAAAUCUCAACUAACAAUACCAUUCCAAAUCAAACACCUCAAAAACUUUUAAAUGAUUUAAAUCAACUAGACCAAUACCUUGUUAAACUUUUAUCAUUUCAUGCUACUCAUGAUUCGAAUUGUAAGCGGAUGAAUCGAUUGAUGAAUCAAAUUCAGAUCAUUAAUCAAAAUAAAUUAAAUCAAAACAUUCAAAAGAUUUAUGAUGCGGAAAAAAAAUUAAAUUCGAUUUGUUUAAAUGGUGAAAAAGAAAAACAAUCUUAUAGAAAGAUCGAUUCACUUUCAUUAAAACCUACUCAAAUUCUAAACCAUGCAAAAUUGAUCGCUCCAUAUACUUCAGCACCACCAGCACCACCUACCACGAAUCCUAAUAAUACAACAGUGGCUACGGCUGGAUUAGAUUUACAAGAUCCAGCUUUAAGGUUUCUAAUGCCUUUUCCAACUGAAGAUAUUAUCAGAAGAGGUAGGAUGGGUCAAGAGAUGUCAGGAACAGAUCCCAGUGAGAUUGAUAAACUUGCGGGGAAUCAAUUGGGUCCUGUGGUUGGAGAAACUCGUUCGGCUUCUGGUGUUCGUCCUUCUGUUGUGGCGAAAUCUCAAGUGGUUUAUCCUACUAUGUCAUCUAGAAGACCACCACCACCAGAAGUAGAAGAAGAUCUUUUUGAUCUGGAUUUAAAUCCUGAUCUUUAAACUUUUAAGUUUCAAGUUUUCUGAUCAAUCUUUUCUUUUGAUUUUUCUGGUCAUCUUCAUUUAUUUUCUCUUUCUUAUCUUUUUGUUAAUCAUCUUUUUGAAGGAAUCCUUUUUCAUUUUGUACCUUGACUAUUUAACUUGUAGUAUCACUUUUUUAUUUUAUUGUUUGUUAUCAUCCAGCACUCAUUGCAACCUUUUCAAAGGGGUGAUUGAGAUAAGGUUUACUCUGGCUCUGAUUGGCUUGGAGAUCUGCUUAUCAUCUUAAUUUAACACAAGUCCUGUAGUACAAGUUCAACUCACACCAGAUCAUCCUCAGGAUUUGUAGUGGAUAUAAGCCUUUUUUGCAAAAAAGAUUCACACCAUUCAGUAU